AUGGAUCGACCUAUUGGUAUGGGCGGUCACUUUACAACUGUGUUUAAAGACGACCAGUGGUUCCAAUGGCGCCUGGUGCCCUUCAUCUUGAUCUGGGCUGCGUUUGCGGUCUUGUUGCUGAUAUGGAUAUUCGUCACCCUCUUCGUCCCCCACCCACGCAAACCCCGCCCGUCCGAGAAGAAAUACAUAACGGUCGACAAGACCGGCGACGUGACAGAUCCCGAACCGCUGCCGUGUUGGUACGACGAGGUGCUACGGAAAUAUGUCCAGCGCAGGCAAGAGGAUCCGAACAAGGAAAUUGACUUGGAGAAGGAGAUCGAGAUGGAGCCGGCCGAGGUGUUCAUGACGCUGGUCAUUCCGGCGUUCAAUGAGGAGGACCGGUUGACGGGGAUGCUGGAGGAGGCGGUGACAUUUCUCGAGACCGAGUAUGGAACUGGGACAUCAUCUUCCACCACGUCGUCGUCGUCGGAGGGACAAACACAGGACGCCAACGGUCCGCGGCGCAGGAAGGCAAACGGCGAUGCUACUACUACUACGUCCGCUUCGCAGUCGAGGAGAGAUGAACCCCUACGAGGCUGGGAAAUCGUGCUCGUCGACGACGGCUCCACAGACGACACCCUCCUGACCGCGCAAACUUUUGCACGCAAACACAUCCUCCACCCGCACCCGCGCCGCGACUCCGGUCCCUGGACGCAUCGGUCCGAAAGUGGUGUGAAAAUCCCCCCGGGGUCCAUCCGCAUGGUCUCGCUGGAGGAAAACCGCGGCAAAGGCGGCGCCGUCACGCACGGCAUGCGCCAUGCCCGCGGCGCAUACGUCGUCUUCGCCGACGCGGACGGGGCGUCCAAGUUUUCCGACCUCGAAAAGUUGGUGAGGGCGUGUCGGGACAUCGAAGACCCCGAUGGGAGAGGCAUUGCGGUCGGGUCGAGGGCGCACCUGGUCGACUCGGAGGUCGUGGUGAAGCGCUCCAAGAUCCGGAACUUCCUCAUGCGCUGCUUCCACCUGUUGCUCUGGGUCAUGACACCCCCCGCCACGGCCCGCAUCAAGGACACGCAGUGCGGCUUCAAGCUGUUCUCCCGCCCCACGCUGCCUUAUAUUAUUCCCCAUAUGCACAUGGAAGGUUGGAUCUUUGACGUCGAAAUGCUCAUGUUGGCCGAGUUUGCAAAUAUCCCCGUGGCAGAGGUCGCCGUCGGCUGGAGGGAGGUCACGGGCAGCAAGUUGAAUCUGGUCAGGGACUCUCUGGGCAUGGCCUGGGGGUUGGCGAUAUUGAGGUUUUGUUGGGGCACGGGAAUCUUUAGGCGGUGA